UUUCCCUCCUGCAGCAGAUUUUUCAGACAGUAAUCCUGAACAUAUGCUUCAAGGAUGUCUCUCUCUCUCAUAAUAAAAUGGGGUGGACAGGAGUACACAAUAACCUCACUGUCAGAAGAAGACACAGUGUUGGACCUGAAACAGUCUCUGAAAGGCCUUACUGGAGUGUUACCAGAGCGUCAGAAACUGCUUGGGCUUAAAAUGAAGGGCAAACCUGCAGAUGAUGAUGUUAAGCUUGGAGCCCUCAAGUUGAAACCAAAUACUAAGAUAAUGAUGAUGGGCAGUCGUGAAGAGAGUUUGGAAGAUGUCCUUGGGCCACCUCCAGAUAACGAUGAUGUAGUCAAUGACUUUGAUAUUGAAGAGGAAGUUGUGGAAGUAGAAAAUAGGGAAGAAAAUCUACUAAAAAUUUCCCGUAGAGUUAAAGAAUACAAAGUGGAAAUUCUGAAUCCUCCUAGAGAAGGGAAAAAGCUGCUGGUGCUAGAUGUUGAUUAUACACUGUUUGACCACAGGUCAUGUGCUGAAACUGGAGUAGAGCUGAUGAGGCCAUACCUCCAUGAAUUCCUGACUUCUGCAUAUGAGGACUAUGAUAUUGUAAUUUGGUCUGCUACUAAUAUGAAGUGGAUUGAAGCCAAAAUGAAAGAGCUUGGGGUGAGUACCAAUGCAAACUACAAGAUAACUUUCAUGCUGGACAGUGCUGCCAUGAUAACAGUGCACACUCCUCGGAGAGGACUAAUAGAUGUGAAGCCACUUGGUGUUAUCUGGGGAAAGUUUUCAGAAUAUUACAGCAAAAAAAAUACUAUUAUGUUUGAUGAUAUUGGCCGAAACUUCCUGAUGAACCCACAGAAUGGACUCAAGAUAAGGCCUUUUAUGAAAGCACAUUUAAAUCGGGAUAAAGACAAGGAGCUUCUAAAGCUCACCCAGUACCUCAAAGAAAUAGCAAAAUUAGAUGACUUUUUGGAGCUGAAUCACAAACAUUGGGAAAGGUAUCUUUCAAAGAAGCAAGGACAAUAACAUUAAUAAAACUGUGUGGCACUGAACUGAAGGGAACAUCACUAAGAUCAUUGGACUUUUCCUUGCUUUUGUGCUAGAGUAUAAUAGUGCUGGACACUGGACCCAAUGCCAGAACGACUGCUAAACUUGGUCUUCCAGUUGGUUGGUUGUGGGUUUUUUAAAAGAUCACAGCAAUAAGCUCAAAGUGGGAGAAACAAGUCAGUUGCUUUUUCUUGCAUUCAGUUCUGGUGUUACUUCUCAAAAUACUUUCCUCUCCUUUGCUGCUGAAGUGCAACCAUAACCAUCAAAGACCAAAACCAUUCUGAGACUA